GCUGCGGGGAGGGAAUCUGAGCCCCCGAGGCCUGGCGCCAGGGCCCCAAUCCUGACAGGGGCGGAGUGAGCCUCGGGGGCCAGGUGGGGGCCUGUCCCGGCUGUCAGCACUCGUGAUGGAUGAGGGGUGGGGCAGGGAGAAGGCCGGGCUCUGGAGUCCUGCCACGGAGAGAGGUGGGGGGCUGGCCCUCUGGGGUCUGCCAACAGAGCCUCUGCCCCUCACAGCUGGGGGGCCUGGGUGAGAGACCCCACCCAGGAGAGGUGCUUAAAGGCCCAAAGGGUGUGUGCCCUCCCACUCCACUCAGCAUCAUGGGCACCUGGGCCUUCCCCGCAGCCCUUCUCCUGCUCUGCCUGGCUUCGGAAAGCCUACAAGGCGGACUACCUCCAUUGUCUCCGGGCCCAGGGAAAGGCUUCGGGAGCCCCAAUGGCUACAGAUCAGGCUACGGCUCCCCCAGUGGCCUGGGAGCAGGAUUUGGGAACGGGAAUGGGCUGGGAGCCCAGCCAGGCACAGGAGGGGGUGUGAAACCCCAGAAGCCAGGGUUUGGAAAUGGGCUGGCAAUGGGGACCUUCCCAGGUGCUGUCGCCCAGCCAGGUUUUGGAGGGGGUGUGAGACCCCAGAAGCCAGUAUAUGGAAAUGGACUGGGAGCCAGUUCCUUCCCAGGGCUGGGAGCCCAGCCAGGCCCUGUGGCUCAGAAUGGUGGCCAGGCACCAGGUAUGGGGUGGGGGCCGGGGGGCAGAGGCGUGAGUGUGGGACUUCAAGGGAGCUCCGGGCUCUCUCAUCUGGUCCCUGACCCUUUCUCAGGAGUUGGAGGGGGCGUGAAACCUCAAAAGCCAGGACUCGGCAAUGGGAAUGGGAUGGGACUCGGAGCCCAGCCAGGCUUUGGAGGGGGCAGAAAACCCCAGAAGCCAGGAUUCGGGAAUGGGAACGGGCUGGGAGGUGGCACCUUCCGGGGAGUAGGAGCCCAACCAGCAGGUCCUGCAACUCAAAACGGCUACAGACCAGGCUUUGGAGGGGGUAUGAAGCCCCAGAAACCAGGACUCGGGGAUGGCAACGGCUUGGGAGCCCAGCCAGGCCUAGUGACCCAGAAUGGAUACGGAGCAGGCUUUGGGGAGGCCAUGAAGCCCCAGAAACCAGGAUUCAGGAAUGGCAAUGGGCUGGGAGGCCAGCCAGGCCCUGAGGUUCCUGUGGGCUACGGACCAGGCAUCGGUGAGGGCGGGAAGCUGCAGAAGCUAGUUUACAGGAAUGGGCUGGGAGCCGGAGUCUUCCCAGGCCAAGGGGCCCAGCCAGCCCUGGGAAGGGGCAUGAGCCCUCUAAAGUCAGGCUUUACCCCGGGACUGCAGCUCCCAGCAGGAUAUGGCAACGGAAAUGGGGUGGGGGCCCAGCCAGGUCCCUGCCAUGGGAGGGUCCCUCCACUGCUUCUCCCCAGGCCUCCCACUUCAGGGGUCCCUUCUGCUAAAGAGGGCGGCGGCUGGGGCCCCAAAUCCCAGCCCUCUCCCCCAGGGCAGAAUGGCAAUUUCCCAGCACCGACUCCAGCCAUCCAGUGGGGGCUGAAACCUCAGAAAGCAGGGUACCAGCCCCUGAAUGGCUAUGGACUGGGAACAGAACUGGGCUUUGGUGGUGGCCUCAAGCCUCAGAAAGUUGGUUUUGCUUAUGGGAAUGGUCUGGGAGCUGGGGUCUUCCCUGAGGCCCGCCCGCAGCCAGACUUUCCCGGGGUCAAUGGCUUUAGGAAUGGGUAUGGGGAGGAAGCACCAGUGUACCCCAAAGCAGUAGUUCCAGGCUCUGAAGGAAAUGGUCAGGCCAGGGCCCUAAGGGGCUCUUCUUGGCCCUCCGUGCAGCCUUGGGGGCUUGCCUUGAAGCCCGGAUAUGGGCCUGGAGGCACAUACGCAGGGGUCAGGAGCCAGCCAGCGACCUAUGGACAGCUAAGGCCAGAGCUGGGCCCUGGACUCUUUGGCAGCCCUCCAGUGAAGAGAGACAGCAGUGGCCCACUGGGAAAUGGCUAUGGAGGCCACUGUCCUCUUGGGAAAUGCUGAACACUGAGGCCCUUUCACUGCCCACCCUGAGAGCCUCUCUAACCACAGCCGUGUGUUGGGCGAGGACGGCCAGAUCCUGGGGCUUGGCUUCUG